AUGACAGAGAAUGAGAAAAAUGCAUGGAAUGAGUUUGUCUGGCUUGUUCAAAAUUUUUUGGGAAAUUAUAAAAGUUCUGACUAUUCUCAACAUGUUGACCAACUAAUGAGUCACUUUCAAAGGCUUGGAUGUAACAUGAGCAUCAAGUUACACUUUCUCCACAACCACCUGGACUAUUUUCCCGCCAAUCUUGGGGAUCUAAGUGAAGAGCAGGGCCCAAAAACUGAGGCAGACCUUGCACCUCUUCCUAAGCCAGAAAAAAAGUCAAAAAGUGGUGAUGUUAGUAAAAAGCCUAAAAAAGAAGACAAGCAAGUGUCAAAAUCUGGAAAGACUGAAGAAACAAGUGAUGUUGGAGGAGCUACAUCAAUUGCAGAGUUGAUGCGAAAAUUACCCUUUCAUACUCCCGGGGAGAACUACAAAUCUGAUGGUUAUAUAGUUACUCCUGACACUAAAAGAUUACUUGAAGAACAUUUAAAAAUUACAUCAGGCAAAGUUCGCACCAGGUUUCCACCAGAGCCUAAUGGUAUUCUUCACAUAGGUCAUGCUAAGGCUAUCAAUAUAAAUUUUGGAUAUGCUGCUGCUCAUGAUGGUAUUUGCUUUUUGAGGUAUGAUGAUACCAAUCCAGAAAAAGAAGAAGAGAAAUUUUUCAUUGGCAUUAAAGACAUGGUAGAGUGGCUUGGUUACAAACCAUACAAAAUAACUCACUCGUCUGAUUAUUUUGAUCAACUGUAUGAGUGGGCAGUGCAGUUGAUAAAAAAAGAUCUAGCAUAUGUUUGCCAUCAAAAGUCAGAAGAAAUUAAAGGAUUUAACCCUCCACCUUCACCAUGGAGAAAUAGGCCAAUUGAAGAAAGUAUGCAACUGUUUGAGGACAUGAAAAAUGGUAAAAUUGAUGAAGGUGAUGCCACUUUGAGAAUGAAGAUCACUUUGGAAGAAGGUAAACAAGAUCCUGUGGCUUACAGAAUAAAGUUUAAGCCACAUCACCGCACUGGAAACAAAUGGUGUAUAUAUCCUACUUAUGAUUACACCCAUUGUCUGUGUGACAGUAUUGAACAUAUUACCCACUCUUUGUGUACAAAAGAGUUCCAAUCACGAAGAUCUUCAUACUACUGGUUAUGUAAUGCGCUCGGCAUCUACUGUCCUGUGCAAUGGGAAUAUGGGAGACUUAAUGUAAACUACACUGUGGUCUCUAAAAGGAAAAUUGCAAAGCUCAUUACUGAAGGCAUUGUUAAUGAUUGGGAUGAUCCUCGUCUAUAUACGUUGACUGCGCUGCGUCGACGAGGUGUUCCUUCUAGUGCCAUAAACAGCUUCUGUGCUAGUUUGGGCGUGACUGGAGCCCUGGGUGCUGUGGACCCCACCAUGCUGGACGCCGCCGUCCGAGACGCGCUUAAUGUCACCGCACCCAGGGUUAUGGUAGUAUUGGAGCCUCUGAAAAUAACGAUAAAGAACUUCCCAUGUGAAAAACCAAUCACUAUAAAUGUUCCCGAUUUCCCUAACGAGCCUGAGAAGGGAUCUCACAAGGUAGUUCUAAAUAAAGUGCUUUAUAUCGAAUCCACGGACUUUAAGGAGUCGCCAGAGAAAGGGUACCGCCGUUUGACGCCAACUCAGUCUGUAGGAUUGCGACAUGCUGGAUAUGUUCUAAAGGUAUCCAAAGUUGUUAAAGACGAUUUUGGUGGUAUCAUCGAGGUAGUUUGCUCAGUUGAAGCUACAGAGUUCGCGGACAAGCCGAAAGCUUUCAUUCACUGGGUCUCUGAACCAACUGAAGUUGAAGUACGCCUGUACGAACCAUUGUUCAAACAUAAAAACCCGGAAGAUCCGAAUGAAGUCCCUGGUGGAUUUUUAUCUGAUUGCCGGACAGAUACGCUACGGGUUGUGUCAGGACUCGCUGACGCUUCCAUCGUUGGAGCAAAGGUGUACGACAAAUUCCAAUUUGAGAGAAUCGGAUUUUUUUCCGUUGACCCCGACACUACUGCUAAUCAUACCGGAAAUUUUGCUUUCAAAGAUGUACGUCAGUCCGGUCGCCCUGUUACCGAUAAAAUGGAUGCCAUUUUUAAAAAAGUAGAGCAAGAUCGGCAUAUCAGUAGUUACGACGUAGCUGAAGAACUAGGGAAUGACCAGAAAACAGAUUUGAUGUAUUUGAGAAAAGCUGGGUUGGAUAUUUGGGCACCUCACGAGCUCUCUGAAAAAAAUGAUCCGUGUAUUCAACGAAACCGAACUUAA